AUCAUUACGGAGAGGGCAAGACUCGUCAGCCAUCGCCAUGCACUUGACCUUGACCCUACUGCCCGUGGUUGCCAUCGCCUGGACUAUGGCCUACUUGGUCUAUGUCCAGGUUAACCUGUAUCGACGGCGACACGCGGGUGGCUGCCAGCCGGCUCCCCAUGCCAGUCCUUGGGACCCGCUCUUUGGGCUUCGACAUGCGACCGGGCUCCACAAGGCCAUGCGUAACCGUCGCAACCUGGAGUACUUUGACAACAUGUUCAAGUGUUUCGGCACCACGUUUGAGGUCGGCCUCCUGGGCAAUCUGAUGCACAUCACGUGCGAUCCGGAGAACAUCCAGGCCAUCCUAGCAACCAAAUUUAAAGACUGGUGCGUCAGAAAUCCAACUCUCCUCCGCAUGUAAUAGUUAAUCGAGCUUUGUUGACCAUGAGACUCUCUCGACUUCAGGGACAUGGGUCCUCGGCGUCGCUGGGCGACCUUUGAAUUCGUUGGCGUCGGGAUUUUUAGCGCCGACGGGCAAGACUGGGUUCACGCGCGGACAGUGGCGCGGCCGCAGCUCGCGCGAUCCUAUUUCGGCGACACGGCGGUUUGGGAAAAGCACUUGCAGAUCUGGUUCGAAUCCAUGAAGGAUCAGGUGCCUGCUGGCUCGGCUGCCGAGCUGCAGGAGUGGACGCAGCGCUUCACGCUCGACGUGGGCACCGAGCUGCUGUCUGGGCGUCCACUCGACGUGCUACGUGCUCAUGGUGCGGCCGUGGGCCGCCGCUUCUUGUGGGCGCUUGAUCGGGCCAACACGAUGAUUUCGGAGCGCCUGCGUGCGGGAAAGUUGUCGUUCCUUGUGCAUGAUAUGAAGCUCCAGGACGCGCGUCGUGUUCUUCAUGAGCAUGUCGACCCCAUCGUGCACGAGGCCAUUGCGAGCCAUAAGGAAGGCAAGGACAGUGAGGUUGACAGUGCGAAGUACACGGUUCCUCGGGCGUUGGCAAACGAAGGCAUACCUGCUGAGCAGAUCCGUGAUCAUGUUCUAAACUUGCUCUUGGCCGCGGUGGGCUCAGAAGCUUCCCUCAUUAGCACCCUCUUCUUCAUCGUCGCCAAAUACCCUCACGUGCAGGAACGGUUGCGGGCCGAGAUCUCCGAGACGCUCGGCGAACGCUUGCCCGGGUACGAAGACGUCAAGAACAUGAAGUACCUCAACUGGGUCAUCAAGGAGACACUCCGGAUGUACCCACCCGUGCCGCAGAACCUGCGCGUCGCUAACAAGGACACGGUUCUUCCUGUGGGUGGCGGUCCAGACGGUCGAUCACCUGUCUUCAUCCCGAAAGGCCGCGAGUGUUCUUUCUCCUCCUUCUCCCUUCAUCGACGACACGAUCUGUGGGGCGACGAUGCCCUCGAGUUCAAGCCCGAGCGUUGGGAGAAGGAGAGGCCCACGUGGAAUUAUAUUCCGUUUAGUGGCGGUCCUCGGAUCUGUCUCGGCCAGCAGCUUGCGCUCGUCGGGGGGGGAUACGUCCUUGUUCGCUUUAUGCAGCAUUACUCGUCAUUUAAAGGGCCGGAUCCACCGCAGGUGUGGACCGAGAAGCUCAAUAUUACCUGCUUCGUAAACCAAGGUGUAUGGGUGAAGAUAGCUGAAUGACCCAAGUACUGGCAAAGGUGCAGGAAAAGGUGAAGCUAGGUCUCUGCAGUCUAUUAAUCAGUCAUUACAUAAUCUAGUCCUUAGGUAGUUAGUUACGAAAUGGAACCCGGUCCUUCACUUGUCACAAAUCAACUCAUCUUUUUCGCUGUCGCCCUUGUUGAUGGACCAGGCAACGAC